AGCCAAACAGCUUUUUGUGGAUUCGCAUCCAGCCAGCUGUACGUGUCGGUGAAGCGCGCGGAUGGCGCCGCCUGAGACAUGCCUCGCUGACUUCAUGGAGGCCACUGCCAGAAACCAGAAGGGCACGCUGCCCGAGACCUAUGGAUACCAGGCCGAUGUGGCGAUGGGCAUUGGAUAUUGGAUGGAGACGACGAACCAAUGCAAAGUCGUGGAAAAGCCCUUUGUCGUCCCCAACGGCUUGGAUGACUUUCAGGGCUAUGUGAUUCUCUACGCCUACUGCAGCGAGGAGGGUGUGAAGUCCAUCCUGGAGGGUCAGCUGCCGCCCAUGCUUCCGGCCACCACCAAGGAGCCCUCCAGCUUCCCCACGCUGGAGGCGAUCUCCGAGAACUUCGGCGCCAAGGAUCCCAAGGCCGCGUCGGUGAACUCGAAGUUCUGCGUGGCGCUGCGGGUGCCUGCAGAGCUGACGACCAAGGCGGACACCCCAGGCAGAGAUUUGUGGAUCGUCCGCUUCGACCAGGACUUGAUUUCGCCCUUCCUACAGGCAGCCAAAGAGGGCAACGUGGCCAAGUUGAAAGCUGGACUUGAGGCGGGCGUGAAAGCCGACGUGGUGGACGAGGACGGUGUCAGCGCGCUGAUGAUGGCGGCCAUGACCGGCAGCGCCGAGGCGUGCGAGGUGCUGCUGAAAGGCGGCGCGGGCGUGAAUUGGGCCGAGCGGAAUGCUGGCAGGACGGCGCUGAUGUUCGCCUCGCAGGGCGGCCACCUUGACGCGGUGAAGACGCUCCUGGCGGCCAAAGCGGACACUUCCAAGGUGGACUCUGAGGGCCAGACCUCGCUGCAUUGGGCCGCGGUGGGCGGUCGCCUAGAGGUGGCAAAGCUUUUGGCCAGCAUCGGCCAGAAGGGCGCCAAGAACAAGGAGGGCCAGACUCCCGCCGACGUGGCGGAGAAGAUGAAGCACGAAGAGACGGCGGCGGCACUCAAGUAGGCCGCGGAGUGCUCAAGUUCCAAGACGCGCCCCGGUUUCCAAGCGCGAGAAGCUUUGGGGUUUCGGGCGGUAGCCACAGAGACCGCCGACCCCAGAUCGAGCGCUGGGGUCGUUUCACUGGUAGAGGCCGGUCCUGCGAGCAGCCCGUGGAACGCACUGUUGGGAGACUUAGGCAAAGGGCUG